AUGGACCUGGAGGAGGCGAGAUCUAAGGAAGUCAUAAACACUGGGGCUAUCCCUAAUACAAAAAUACAAGCCAUCAGCCGGGGACUUAAAAGAAAAAGAAAACUUGAGAAAGGCUGGGAUUGGUAUGUGUGUGAAGGUUUUCAGCAGAUACUUUAUCAACAAGCAGAAGCCUUAAAGACCCUUGGAGUAGGCCCAGAAUUAAAGGAUGAAGUUUUACAUAAUUUUUGGAAGCGCUACCUUCAGAAGAGCAAGCAGGCAUAUUGUAAAAACCCAGUUUAUACCAGUGGAAGAAAAGCUACGGUAUUAGAAGAUAACCCAAGUCAUUCAGACUGGGAUAGUGAGCCUGACCUGCUGAGUGACUUUAGCUGCCGUUCUUUUGUUGAAAGUGGAACAGACUCUCAGCCUGAUGGCCGCACUCAGAAGCCUUUCCCCAUCAGCAAAGCAUCACAAUCAGAAACAGCAUCCAUCUGUUCUGGAUCUCUCGAUGGAGUCGAAUAUUCACUACGAAAGGAGAAGGGAAUCGUGAAGAUGACGGUGCCAAGGACACUUGCUUUCUGCUAUCUGUCAUUACUGUGGCAGAGAGAAACAAUUACUCUUUCAGAUCUUUUGAGAUUCGUUGAAGAGGGCCAUAUUCCUUACUUAAAUGCUUUUCAGCAUUUUCCAGAAGAGAUGAAAUUAUAUGGGCGUGACAAAGGAAUCUUUGCUAUAGAGUCUUGGCCUGCCUAUGAGGAUAUCUAUAAAAAAAUGAUUGAAAUUGCCAAAUUCUUAGAUUUGCCACGUUUUCCAGACAUAACUGAAGACUGCUAUCUUCAUCCAAACAUCUUGUGUAUGAAAUACUUGAUGGAAGUCAAUCUCCCUGAUGAAAUGAAUGAUUUAACCUGCCAAGUGGUAAAAAUGACUGGAAUAGGAGAAGUGGAUUUUCUGACAUUUGAUCCCAUAGCUAAAAUGGCAAAAACAGUUAAAUAUGAUGUGCAAGCUGUCGCUGUCAUUGUAGUAGUAUUGAAACUGCUCUUUUUAUUGGAUGACAAUUUAGAAUGGACUUUGUCUAAUAUUGCUGAGAAAUACAAUGAAAAGAACAAAGAAGAUAAACCCUGGUUUGAUUUCAGAAAAUGGUACCAAGUGAUGAAGAAAUCUGUUGAUGAGAAAAAACAAAAGUGGGAGGAAGCCAGGGCAAAGUAUAUGUGGAAAAGCGAAAAGCCACUCUACCACUCAUCCAUUGACAGAGCAGUGGUAUAUAAAAGAAGAGAAAUGGUGGUGAGUCUACAAAAACAAUUUAGCACACUGGUUGAUUCAGCACCAACUGUUGAAAAGAAAAGUCCUUCAAGUUUUCAGUUCAACUGGACUGAAGGAGACUCUGCUAGAACCUGUUUCCAUGGACAUGGCCUCCAGGGGAUCCUGAAGAAGAAAGACCAGUCACUGACAACCAAGAAUUCACUAUAUUGGCUUAGUACACAGAAAUUCUGUAGAAGCUAUUGUAAACAUGUGACAACCUAUGAAGAAUCUAAUUUUUCGCUGAGUUAUCAGUUCAUAAUAAAUCUCUUCUCCUUCCUGCUGAGAAUAAAGACCUCUUCCCUCCAUGAAGAAGUGAGCUUAAUUGAAAAGAGACUUUUUAAAACAAAAUAUAGUAAAACGAAAAAGAAAUCAAGAUCCAGGAAAGGGAGAAAAUACUGAGAAAAAUGAAAUAGAAACUUCCUUGGGAAAAUAUUUUAAUAGUGAUAAUAAUGUCAAAUUAUAAUAUUCCAGAGAAUUAUGGGAAAUAGAAUUUGAUUAUAUAUCCACACAUACAUAGAUACAUAUAUAUGUAUCAAAUGUGCUUAUAAAAAUGUGUAUUGGAAAAUAAGUGAAUUGUGUUUGAAUUUAUUUUUUAAAUUAUGAAUAUUCUUUGAGAAGAUUAAACCGUAAGUUUUAUAAAUGGUA